AUGAAGGAGAUGAAACCGAAGACAUUGGGCGUGUUGAUUAUCAUUUUCCUCUGCCUGCUUCUUAAUUGGAAAUCGGAGGCCGAGGCAAAGAACAAUUUCGAGCUGCAGACAGACAAUUUUACAUGCAGUAGCGAGGAUGUGGGCUCCAGGAUACUCAAUGAGUACAAUUGUGGCAUAAGCAAGGGUUCCAAGCGGCGCACGUGGCACAUGGAGUUCACGCUGAAGCAACCGAUUGCCGAGCACGAGUUCUUCAUGAAAAUCAUCCUGCCGCGAAGGAGACCUUUGACGGACUUCGUCCUGUUGAAUGUGACCACCGAUGGCUGCCAGUUGCUGGCCAACCGCAAUCAAGUGCCCCUCAUGCGUUUGGGCCGCAACCUGAUGGAGCGCUUCAGCAACUUUCCCAAGCAGUGUCCUUUCAAAGCCAACUUCUCCUACUACAUCAGGGGAUUCCGCCUGGACCUGAACGCCAUCCCCGCCGUGGACAUGGAGACCCCUGUCAACAUCGAGCUGAGCUAUCGGAACAAGCAGCAGGGACUCCGCUGGAUCUCCGGCUAUUUGGUGGCUCGGGUUCAGCGAAUCGGGGAGAAGAAGCGCCCCAAGUAG